AUGCCUUCCCUAUCCCACGCUCUCGUUUCUCUUCUUUCGGCCGCAAUCAUCGGCCAGGUCCAGGCGGUUGACCCGCUUGUCGACCUUGGCUAUACUAAACUUCAAGGAGUCGCCGAGCAGGGUGGUACGACUCGCUGGCUGGGUGUCCGGUAUGCUGCGUCGCCGGUUGGCCAACUCCGGUUCGCUGCACCGGUCGAUCCCCCAAAUACGACUGAUGUCGUCGAUGCUUCGAAUUUCCGUCCGAUAUGUCUUGCCCGAAGCGCUUCGGACUUCACGAUGAAGCCGAACAAACGCUUCACGACAGAUGAGGACUGUCUCUAUGUCAACAUCUUUGCGCCUUCACAGGCGACAUCAGAGUCCAAGUUGCCAGUCAUGUACUUCAUCCAGGGCGGAGGUUUCCAGUCUCUCUCCAACGCCAACUUCAACGGAAGCGACUUGGCCAGGUUCGGAAACAUGCUAGUUGUCCAGGUAAACUACAGAGUCGGGCCCUAUGGUUUCUUGCAGAGCAAGGAGGUGGAGGCUGGCGCGAGUAUGAACAAUGGUCUAAAGGACCAGAUCCAGGGGCUGAAAUGGCUGAAGCAACAUGCCGCUGCUUUCGGAGGAAACCCCGAUCAGAUGGUUGCCGUCGGUGACUCUUCCGGUGCCACUUCCGUAGCCCUGCUCCUCGCUGGGUUCGGAGACAACGACCCAGGCCUGAUCAAAGGGGCCAUCAUGGAGUCCGUCUCGGUCGCCACCGUCCGCACCCUCGAGCAGGGUCAGGAGCAGUACAACUGCCUGACCAACGCCACCGGCUGCAACAAGCAGGCCGACUCCCUCGCCUGUCUCCGCGGCCUCAACGCGACAGCCCUUCAGACGGAGAACUGCCAGUUCAACCCCAACCUCGACGGCGACCUGGUCAAGGCCCCGACGCUGCAACGCUUCGCCGAGGGCAAGUAUCUCAAGGUCCCCACCAUCGCCGGUACAUGCACCAACGAAGGGACCAAGAACGUGCCCCAAAAGACGGACACCGUCGAGGAGGCCUUUACCAACAUGAACAACCAGGCCACCCAGUCUCUGAGCAACGCCUCCCUCGCCCUGCUGAAACAAACAUACCUAGACGUACCGCAGCCCGUCUUCCCCAACUCGGGCAGGCUCUGGCGCCAGCUCGCAAACGCCCACGGGGACUACCGCGCCCACUGCAUCACAAAAGUCUUCCAGGACGCCAUGGCCCGCGACGGCGUAAAGACGUUCAACUACCGCUACGGGCCCCUCGACGACGAGCAGGAAGCCCUAGGGUUCGGCGCCUACCACACCGUCGAGCUCAACGGCGUCUUCGGGCCCAACAACACGGACGGCGCCCCGCCAAAGAGCUAUUCCACCACCAACGCGCCCAUCGUGCCGCUGACGCAGGCCUACUGGGCGAGCUUCGUCCGCAGCCUCGACCCCAACGCCGCCAAGAUCCAGCCCGACAUGCCCGAGUGGGCGGCGUGGACCGUCAACGGCAAGCAGAGGCUGCUGUUCCAGAAUAACACGGGCACGAUGGAGGGUAUGCCCGCGGCCCAGCAGGAUAACUGCGCGAUGCUGGCGCCCAUGCUACCCUUUAUCGAGACGCCUGCCUCGGAUGCGCAAAAGGCCUCUCCUGCCAAGGCCCCGUCUGCUGGUAGCGGCGGCGGCGGCGGCGGCAUGAGCAUGGGCGGGUCGAUGCCUGGCGUGCAGAUGGGGAUGGAGAUGGCGCAUGGCAAGAAAGGCAAUAGCACCAAACACGGCGGAGGAGAAGAGGGCAGUGGUAAAGGCGAAGGUAAAGGCGGCGGUAAGGGGAUCGGCCACAAGAAUGAAACUAGCUCUGCCCCGAAGCAUGGAGCAGGAGGAGGAGGAGAAGGAGGAGGUGGCAAGGGCACGGGAAACCGAAAUGGGACCAACUCUAAUCCUCCCACUGCACCGCCUCGGGCCGGCUCUGCUUCCAACACGGGAUAUGGACUCACUGGGGUGCUGCCAGCCAUCGUGGUGGUAUGUGUCGGGCAGUUUCUUUUAGCUUGA